CUUUUCCUGUUAACACACCACAUUUUUUCCCAGGUUCUGUGUGUGUGUUUAGUGGCAGCCGUCUGUGGGCAGCAGUCUCUACUACCACAGCAGUCUCUACUACCACAGCAGUCUCUACUACCACAGCAGUCUCUACUACCACAGCAGUCUCUACUACCACAGCAGUCUCUACUACCACAGCAGUCUCUACUACCACAACAGUCUCUACUACCACAACAACGAUUGGUGCAGCAACCUUUGCUGAUACAGCAGCAACCACCACUGGCACAGCAGCUGUUCCUGGCUCCCCAAGACCCACUUUUACUGCAAGAUCCGCUUCUCUUCGAACAGGAGUCUCUCUCAUUGCAACAACCACUGUUACUUCAGCAAGAAUCUCUAUCGCUACAAGAACCCCUUGCCGUGCAAGGAGAGUCACUCAUUGUCCAGCAACAAAGACCAUUAGCUGUGCAACAAGAUACUCUCUUGAUAGGACAAACAUCCCUUGGAAACCAACAACAGCCAGCCAUCCGCCCUCAGCGGCAAACGUUGCAACAACAGCAACAAAUACUCCAGCAGCAGCUGCUGACUCUCCGUCGACGACAGGAAGCUCUCAGGCUACAAGAAGAGUCUCGUCGACAACAGGAGCGAAGACGACAGCUGGAACUCGCACGCCUCAGACAGUUACGUCGCGAGCAAGAAGCCCUUCGUCUGCGGCAAGCGCAACUCCAGCGGGCUCAGCUGCUGCGGACCCAGACGCAGCUGGAUCGGGCGCAACUGCUGCAAACUGAGGCACAACUCGUACAGGCGCGGGCACAGCUCCAGCAGGCGGAGGCGCAAGCACUCAACCGGAAGGCGGAGCGACCCUCUGUACCCAUCUUUGACGAUGAUCGCGAUGGUCCCUUCCAGGACGGCUCUUACUACUUCACAUACGCCACAGGGGACGGCAUCCUGCGGGAGGAGGGCGCCAGACUCACCAGCCCCAACACCCACGAAGUCACAGGAUCCUACUCGUACACGGCGCCCAACGGGGAGCUGGUCGUUAUGGAGUACAUCGCGGACGAGAAGGGUUACCGCGCCUUCCCUGUGCGCCCCGGCAGGUACGUCCCUCCUUUCCCCUCCACAUUAACUUUCCCGCCAACAAGCCCUCUUUCCCUAAGGCCAUCCACAACCCACGCCUCCCUCAUCCAGAUGAAUGUGUUAUUGAGCUAACAUGAACAUAUGUCUU